AGUUGUCUGUGGAAAAAGUUAUUCGAGGUACAAAGACUUAACAUUUUCUCAACUUUUCCUAAAAAAUUCCUCAUUUUGCCACUUUGGAUGCUUAUAACUCGGUCAGUUUCCAAUGGAUCUUCAAUUGUAGCACAUAUUUGGAUAGAUCUGGUCAUUAGCUACCAAAAGUUAUUCUACGCCGAUGUGCUAAGUUGUCUGUGGAAAAAGUUAUUCGAGGUACAAAGACUUAAAAUUUUCUCAACUUUUCCAAAAAAAAUUCCUCAUUUUGCCACUUUGGAUGCUUAUAACUCGGUCAGUUUUCAAUGGAUCUUCAAUUGUAGCACAUAUUUGGAUAGAUCUGGUCAUUAGCUACCAAAAGUUAUUCUACGCCGAUGUGCUAAGUUGUCUGUGGAAAAAGUUAUUCGAGGUACAAAGACCUAAAAUUUUCUCAAUUUUUCCUAAAAAAUUCCUCAUUUUGCCACUUUGGAUGCUUAUAACUCGGUCAGUUUCCAAUGGAUCUUCAAUUGUAGCGCAUAUUUGGAUAGAUCUGGUCAUUAGCUACCAAAAGUUAUUCUACGCCGAUGUGCUAAGUUGUCUGUGGAAAAAGUUAUUCGAGGUACAAAGACUUAAAAUUUUCUCAAUUUUUCCUAAAAAAUUCCUCAUUUUGCCACUUUGGAUGCUUAUAACUCGGUCAGUUUCCAAUGGAUCUUCAAUUGUAGCACAUAUUUGGAUAGAUCUGGUCAUUAGCUACCAAAAGUUAUUCUACGCCGAUGUGCUUAGUUGUCUGUGGAAAAAGUUAUUCGAGGUACAAAGACUUAACAUUUUCUCAAUUUUUCUAAAAAAAUUCCUCAUUUUGCCACUUUGGAUGCUUAUAACUCGGUCAGUUUCCAAUGGAUCUUCAAUUGUAGCACAUAUUUGGAUAGAUCUGGUCAUUAGCUACCAAAAGUUAUUCUACGUCGAUGUGCUAAGUUGUCUGUGGAAAAAGUUAUUCGAGGUACAAAGACUUAACAUUUUCUCAACUUUUCCAAAAAAAUUCCUCAUUUUGCCACUUUGGAUGCUUAUAACUCGGUCAGUUUCCAAUGGAUCUUCAAUUGUAGCACAUAUUUGGAUAGAUCUGGUCAUUAGCUACCAAAAGUUAUUCUACGCCGAUGUGCUAAGUUGUCUGUGGAAAAAGUUAUUCGAGGUACAAAGACUUAACAUUUUCUCAACUUUUCCAAAAAAAUCCUCAUUUUGCCACUUUGGAUGCUCAUAACUCGGUCAGUUUCCAAUGGAUCUUCAAUUGUAGCACAUAUUUGGAUAGAUCUUGUCAUUAGCUACCAAAAGUUAUUCUACGCCGAUGUGCUAAGUUGUCUGUGGAAAAAGUUAUUUGAGGUACAAAGACUUAAAAUUUUCUCAAUUUUUCCUAAAAAAAUCCUCAUUUUGCCACUUUGGAUGCUUAUAACUCGGUCAGUUUCCAAUGGAUCUUCAAUUGUAACACAGAUUUGGAAAGAUCUGCUCAUCAGCUACCAAAAGUUAUUCUACGCCGAUGUGCUGAGUUAUCUGUGGAAAAAGUUAUUCGAGGUACAAACACUUAAAAUUUUCUCAACUUUUCCAAAAAAAUUCCUCAUUUUGCCACUUUGGAUGCUUAUAACUCGGUCAGUUUCCAAUGGAUCUUCAAUUGUAACACAGAUUUGGAAAGAUCUGCUCAUCAGCUACCAAAAGUUAUUCUACGCCGAUGUGCUAAGUUGUCUGUGGAAAAAGUUAUUAGAGGUACAAAGACUUAAAAUUUUCUCAAUUUUUCCUAAAAAAUUCCUCAUUUUGCCACUUUGGAUGCUUAUAACUCGGUCAGUUUCCAAUGGAUCUUCAAUUGUAACACAGAUUUGGAAAGAUCUGCUUAUCAGCUACCAAAAGUUAUUCUACGCCGAUGUGCUAAGUUGUCUGUGGAAAAAGUUAUUAGAGGUACAAAGACUUAAAAUUUUCUCAAUUUUUCCAAAAAAAUUCCUCAUUUUGCCACUUUGGAUGCUUAUAACUCGGUCAGUUUCCAAUGGAUCUUCAAUUGUAACACAGAUUUGGAAAGAUCUGCUCAUCAGCUACCAAAAGUUAUUCUACGCCGAUGUGCUAAGUUGUCUGUGGAAAAAGUUAUUCGAGGUACAAAGACUUAAAAUUUUCUCAAUUUUUCCUAAAAAAUUCCUCAUUUUGCCACUUUGGAUGCUUAUAACUCGGUCAGUUUCCAAUGGAUCUUCAAUUGUAACACAGAUUUGGAAAGAUCUGCUCAUCAGCUACCAAAAGUUAUUCUACGCCGAUGUGCUAAGUUAUCUGUGGAAAAAGUUAUUCGAGGUACAAACACUUAAAAUUUUCUCAAUUUUUCCUAAAAAAUUCCUCAUUUUGCCAUUUUGGAUGCUUAUAACUCGGUCAGUUUCCAAUGGAUCUUCAAUUGUAACACAGAUUUGGAAAGAUCUGCUCAUCAGCUACCAAAAGUUAUUCUACGCCGAUGUGCUAAGUUGUCUGUGGAAAAAGUUAUUAGAGGUACAAAGACUUAAAAUUUUCUCAAUUUUUCCUAAAAAAUUCCUCAUUUUGCCACUUUGGAUGCUUAUAACUCGGUCAGUUUCCAAUGGAUCUUCAAUUGUAACACAGAUUUGGAUAGAUCUGCUCAUCAGCUACCAAAAGUUAUUCUAAGCCGAUGUGCUAAGAUGUCUGUGGAAAAAGUUAUUCGAAAAAGUAGCUUCUAAUACUUUGAAUGGCUUAUACGAAUUGCCUACCUUCAGGCUGAUUUCUCGCGAUUCGCAUUUCAAUUUCUAUUUUUGACUAUAUCUCAGUCAUUUACCGACCGAUUUUGGAUUUUCUUUGUGAU